AUGGGUGCUGUUGAUAUAACCAUUAUGCAAUCGACCGCAAGUCGAGGAGGUGGUGGGUAAGAAUGUUUGUGAACUUUUUGGAAGCAAUCAUCGUGAAUGCAUACAUUAUCUACAACGAAAAUUUCAAAAUUAUGAACAUGCCAGCAUCAGAAAAUCUCCAAAGCCACUUGAACAUGACAAAUUUAUGUCUGGAGUCAUCCAAAAGUUGAUUGGAAAUUUUCCUUGCCGCCGUCAGCCUGGCCCACCACCAGCACUGCCUCCCACUCCUUUUCAUGGAAGAGAGCAUGAUUCUGUCAAUCUCAUUGAGUUGGCACAUCUC